UACUACAGUUUUAAACAAACUUAUAGAGGAAAGUAAUUUAAAGUGAAAAAGGAUUCUUUAACAGUUGGCGACGUUUGAAAACCAGCAGGAUGUUGAAUUUUUUUAAAUAAAACACAUUUAUAUGUUAAAGAAGUUUUGUUGUAUUAUUCUUUCAUCUGAAUGUCAAUCAUGAUGGAAUCGACUCCUUCAAGUUCCUUGGAAGGCCAUGAAUUGAAUGAAAUGAGCGAACAAGCCCAGCCAGUUCGUGUAACGUUUGAUGAUGUGUCAACAGCUCAGUCAAGAAUCUGAGAUAGCGUUCCUCAAACUCUUUGUCAGAUAAACGUCUCAAGGCAGUAAUCCUAACCAAAAGGAAUCCAACAUGUCAUAUGUGUACGUCGGCGACGAGUUUCGGCCAAUAAGAGUCACUGAUGAUGCAGGAAUAAGAACGCCCGUUGUUGAAGGGACGAGGCCGGCAGAUAGUGAAGAUUACUACUUCACUGUUGAGCAAAACAUGAACGAUGUUAUAUACAAUGAUGUUGCUGAUGUUGAUGUUUCUAAUCUUAAAGUACCGCUGUCGCCGAGGCCGCCACUGCCUAUACUAAAGACCUAUGCUACCAGAUCGACAGAAAGCUUAAAUGCAAAUGGCGUGAAGAUGAAGAAAUCACCACCGUUGCAUAGACGCUUUGGGAUAACUUCCGUACCACUGCCGCCGACGCCAUAUCAUGCCAACGACUUCUUCUCUACAAUUAAGAAAUACAGUGAUGUUGCUGAUGUUGAUGUUUCUAAUCUGAAAGUACCGCCGCCGCUGCCGCCGCUGCCACCGACGCCGCCACCGACGCCGCCACCGCCUAUACUAAAGCCUUAUGCUACCAGAAAGACAGAAAGCUUAAAUGCAAAUGGCGUGAAAAUGAAGAAACCACCACCGUUGCCUAGACCACUUGGGAAACCUAUCGUACCGCUGCCGCCGACGCCGCCUAUACUAAAGCCUUAUGCUACCAGAUCGACCGAAAGCUUAAAAGCAAAUGGCGUCAAAAUAAAGAAAUCACCAAUGUUGCCUAGACCCCUUGGGACACCUAUCGAUCUCAGCCCUAGACCAAGUGAAAGAGAAUCCAAUGCACCCGAAAAAGACGAAACUGAUGGAGAAGAAACCGAUCUUCCUGACGGUUGGAAGGCAAUUCCAGACUUAAUGGCAACUUAUUAUUGGCAUAAGGUGACUGGCAGGCUUCAAUAUGAAAAACCUCAGUUAGAUCGUAUAAAUCGAAGAUCAAAGUCAUCUGUAUCAGAAUUGCAGUCGGAACUGUUGACAAACUGUGAACAGAAAGUCCUAGAAGACAACGGUUAUGACAAUCCUGAAAACAGCGAUUCGAAAGAUCUUACAAUGGGAGUAGGUAUUGAAAGCGUUGAUGAAAAGAAAAGUGAAGACUUUAGUGGUUGUGGAAAUGCUAAAUUUAACGUGGCAGCCAUAAGCUCGAGCCCAUCAGAGUUACUAAAUGUUGAAUCUCUGCAGUCCUCACCAGAAAAACAGUCUUCGAAGUGGAAAUGCACUGACGAAUCAACAAAGCACAAAAAACUGUUGCUAAAGUUGAUAGAAUAUGACCGUAAUCCCAAUGUCAAGGUUGAAAAUGUGGGCGAUGUACGUGUAAUUUUCUCAGACGAGUUUUGCAUCGGCAAAGGAAAUAAUGAAACCCGUGUUUAUCUUGGACUGAGAAAGGAUGGUUUCGGCAAAGCAGUGAAACGAAUACGUCGAGAUAACUGCCUCAAUGAUGCACUGCAAGAAAAGAAAGUUUUAAAUGAAUUCAAUGCAAAAAAGUCAAAAUAUGUGGUAAAUUAUUCCAACAUAGAAGAUGAAAUUGGAUCAGAAUAUGUGUAUUUAAUAUUAGACUUAUGUGAAGAAUCGCUUGAGAAUUUUGUGAAUUCUUCUUCUCAACCUGAUCUUCAAAAAGCUCUUCCUGAAAUUCUAAAGCAAAUUUUAAAAGGAUUGGCGGAUCUUCAUAGCAGUGUACAACCUAUUCUUCAUCGUGAUUUAAAGCCAUCCAAUGUUCUCCGAGACUCACAAAGCGAAUUUCUCAUAGCCGACUUUGGUAUCAGUCGAAUAUUAAAGAAUGAUUCUAAGACAUAUAAAAGCAUGGGUAACAUGGGAACUGAGGAUUGGAUUGCUCCUGAAUCAUAUUGUGAAGAUAAAGAUUCAGUCGAUAAAGGACGAUACAAAAAAGAGUCUGAUGUAUAUAAUGCAGGAAUGGUGGCUUAUUAUGUUGCAACAAAAGGUGAACAUCCUUUUGGAAAUAAACGGCAUAGAUUGAACAACAUGUUGAAUGGAAACCUUGUUGGCUUGGAAAAAAUCAAGGAUGAGACACUGAAAGAUCUUCUUUCGUGGAUGUUAAAUCUAAAACCUGAAGAUCGGCCAUCUGCCAUUCAAGCGUUAAAACACCCAUUUCUUAUGUCGGAUGACGACAAGUUUGACUUUUUAUGUAAAGUUGGAAACCAACAGCCAAUAAAGACAAGAGAUACCAAGUCAAGUGUAGUCAAACAAUUAAAUAGCAAGUAUUCAAAUUGGAAAAGUUUCAUAGACACUGACGUAUAUGAUUAUUUAAGAACAGACGAGGUAAAGAGAAAAAUGUUUAAGUAUGGUCCUUCAUUGACAGAAUUCUUGAGACUUAUUCGAAACAUAGGCCAACAUUGGUGCGAUCUACCACGGCCAAGACCACAACCAUUUUAUAAGAUUGGCGAUCACAAGGCAUUUUUUCUCAAAAAAUUCCCCAAUCUCCCUGUUUGGGUGCAUGCUGCUGUGAGGUCAAAUGAAGAAUUUAGAAACAAUACAGAACUCAAGAACUUUUUCAAUGAAAGCAAACCACAUCAAUAAAUAGUUUCAAACGGCAACAUGGAUCAACUAGUUCACGCAAAUCUGCUUCCUAUAUUUUAAUGAACAUACAGAUCAUAUUAAAUUAGCACAUUAUUUCACGUUA